AAACGUGCACAAACUUCCUCAGACUUCAUCAGGUUGUCGUUAAACGUGAGCCUGGUUCGCGUGGUCUCUCUCAUCCAGCGGGUGUGAGCGCAGAUGUUGCUCAUCGCGCGUGAGGUGCGGCGCCUGAGGAGCCUCACUACUCUUUCCUCUCUCUCUCCCCAUGGCGAGAAAGACCUUGGCUUGGUUAGUGCUGUGAAAUGUGGUGUUUCAAUCAUGGCACGGGGUCUGAUACCGUGGAUCUGGCUGAAGCGACCCGUUUAUAUCCAGGCCCGGUUCUCCUACCUACACAUGAAAUACCUGUUUUUUUCCUGGUUGGCUGUUUUCGUGGGAAGCUGGGUGGUGUACGUGGAAUACUCUUCAUACACAGAGCUGUGCCGUGGACAUGAGUGCAAGAACUCUAUUUGCGAUAAAUUCCAGAAGGGGGUGAUCGAUGGUUCAGCCUGCAACAGCUUGUGUGAGAAGGACACUCUUUAUUUGGGAAAGUGUCUCUCUGCCAAACCCAGCAAUCAGGUAUAUUCCGGCAGUUGGGGGGAUAUGGAAGGAAUCAUAAAGUGCCAGAUGGAGGAGGACCCUCAUUACGAUCUGGGUGCAGAACUGGAGCCCCGAAAAGAAUCCGUCUCCUUUAACAGGCCAACCAAAGGGACAUCAAUGGAGAAGUUCAAAGAGAUGGUCUUCAGCCAUCUAAAGGCAAAAGUAGGAGACCAAGCCAACUUAGCAGAUUUGGUGACCCUUGUGCUUGGAGUUGCAGACAGCAACAAGGAUGGCCAGAUCUCCCUGUCAGAAGCACAUUCAGCUUGGGCUUUACUGCAGCUGAAUGAAUUCCUGCUGUCCAUCGUGCUGCAGGAGCGAGAGCACACUCCCAGACUGCUGGGCUUCUGUGGGGACUUGUAUGUGAUGGAGAAGGUGCCUUACGUACCACUCUAUGGCGUCAGCCUUCCAUGGAUAGUGGAGCUGUGGAUUCCAGCCAGCCUGCGACGGAGCAUCGACCAGUGGGCCGCCCCAUCCUGGCCUCGCAAGGCUAAGAUAGCCAUCGGUCUGUUUGAGCUUGUUGAGGACCUCUUCCACGGCACAUUCGGAAGUUUCCUCAUGUGCGACGUAAGUGCCGCGGGGUUUGGUUAUACAGAGCGCCACGAUAUAAAGGUGGUAGACGCAAGGCGUAUUGUUCCUGAAGCUGCUUUUCAGGAAGUGAUGCGUGAAAGGCGGUGCGAAGAGGACAGUGACUGUAUGUACGGACGUGACUGCCUCACUUCCUGUGAUCUCACUAAGCACCGCUGCACUACGGAGGUCACACAGCCCAAUCUGGCGAAAGUAUGUAGCACACUGAAGAACUAUCUUCUGUACGGUGCACCAUCAGACAUUAAAGACGAACUGGAGAAACAGUUGUACGCCUGCAUUGCUCUCAAAGGCGCCAGUGAACAGAUGGAAAUGGAACAUUCCUUGAUUCUCAACAACCUCAAAACUCUGCUUUGGAAGAAGAUAUCUCACACGAAGGACUCAUAAUGAUAUAUAGAACUAAGUUAUUGUUCUUAUACAGAACACAAGAGUAAUGAACAAGAGACUGGUAUCGGACCAUCCAUGAUUUGCCUAAUAUAAUUACGUAUUUUUAUUUUUGGCCUGAAUUUGCAGAGUACUGUAUAUAUAGCCUUCGUGGCACCUUGUUUUGUUACAUUACCUAAUCUUGACUCAAUCCCAAAUUAUAAAAGCUUAGGCUGCAGAGAGAUACUGCCUCUGCUAAUGCAUGUCCUCCACUGCCAAGAGAAAAUGCCAAAUUUUAAUUCUUCCUGCGGAUUCUUGUUCAGGAAACUGAGACGGUCAAGCUGUGUCUAGUCCAGAGGUUUUCAAACUGAGACCGAGGACCCCGGUUUGGCAGAAUAAAAUAGUUUUUAUUUUUCUUACUAAAUGUAUUUUUAGGGCAGUCUAAAGAUAACAUAAAUUGAGAAAUAAGUUUAACAAUUUUUAAAUUUAAAUUUGAUUUUAAUUCAUUUUUUAUGUUUUCUAAAGACUGGUCAGAAAUGAUAAAAUAAUUAUAUUUUACUCACAGUCUAAGUUUUAAAUCUGAUUUUUUAAAAGGUGUAUACAUAGCCUAUAUUAUUACUAUUCGGUAGAGAAAAAACCUGUUCUGAACCUAAUACCAAGUAAAUACUGUAGAUAUAGUCUUUUAAUAAUUUGCUUUGGCAUAAGUACAGUGAUAACAUUUGUUUAUACAUGAAAAUAUAAAUGUCAUUUUGACAGGGAUAAUUUAGGAAUGACUUGGCCUCAGAAAUUUUGAAAACCCCUGCUCUAGUCUGCAGAUGAAAUACAAUCCAGAUUUCAGAACACGUCAAUCUUUUCUGUUGAACUACAAAGGAUCUGAAAAAUAUUUGCAUGAAUUAUAAUUUUCAGAUUGAACAUUGUUACUCAACAAUAGGUUAGAACAAUUAUGCUGUCAAUUUUCUCAGUCAAACUGCCACAAACAAAAGUAAUUAAUUAAUGUUCUAAAGAGGCAAGACGUGUGCAUAAAAGUUUAAAUGCUACUUUUGAUAGGCCAUUUUCAGUUAAUGUCAUGCAAGUGCUUAGUUUUUACAUUUAAUCUUUGUUUUGAAUGCAUUGGUAUAUACACUUAUACCUUUAAGUUAGGACUCAGGGCCCUUUACAACAUUUAAAAGUAUAUUUUGAACUUCAAGUCUGACUGUUUUUGGUUUAUUCACUCAUUCAGAGAAGAGUGUUGAUUGAAGUAAAGAAAAGAUUAUGCCAUUGUUUGUUUAAUUCUGUAAAUUCUAAUGGUUUCCCUAAAGUCACACAGAUGCUACGACAAAGAAAUAUACAUAAAUCAUCCUAAACGUUUUCAAAUCAUGCAAAGCCUCCAACUCAAUGUGACAAGCAAUCAGACA